UUAAUCUGCGGAAACUGAGCUUGAACAGUACUGGACAUCAUCUUAUUGAAUACGCAUAUAUACUUAGUAAUUAAAUAUUUAAUUUAAUCAUCAGUAGAUGUUAUUAUUCAACAUGCAGAAGUCUGUUUUGUUUAUUGUUUGCGCUGUCACUAUAACAGCGAUGGUGCAAGCCAAACCGUCACCAUGUGGUGAUGGAGGAUGUGGUGGUAAGACGAAUAAUAUUGGAAAUGGAAGAUGGAACACCAACAUAGUAGGUCCCGGUGGUGGUUUUGGCAGUGGUGGACCUGGCUGGGGUGGGUUCGGCGGGGGUGGUUUUGGUGGUGGUAAUGGUGGUGGUUUUGGUGGUGGCAACGGUGGCGGUUUCGGCGGUGACAAUGGUGGCGGAUUUGGCGGUGGCAACGGUGGUGGUUUUGGCGGUGGCAACGGUGGUGGUUUUGGUGGUGGCAACGGUGGCGGUUUCGGCGGUGGUAACGGUGGUGGUUUCGGCGGUGGUAACGGUGGCGGUUUCGGCGGUGGCAACGGUGGCGGUUUCGGCGGUGGCAACGCUGGUGGUUUCGGCGGCUUCGGUGCUGGUGCAGCUGGUGGUUUUGGAGAUUAUGAUUAUGGUAGCAGUUGGGCUACUAACACGAACAAUAUCGGAAACGGGAUGGGCAAUUUUAACGAAGUACACAUGAAGCCCGGAUGUGCUACUGGUACAUGCGGAAACAAAGAGAACAACAUUGGUAAUGGUCGAUUUAAUCACAACACAGUAUAUGGACUUAGUAAGUAAUAAACGAAAUACUAAAGUGGCUAUACUAGCAGUCAGCCGAUGAAGCGCAAGUAACUGCGUUUGUUCCCGCAAAACUAAUAUUGACAUGAUGUUGAAAUAUAUACCCCUGUCAGCUGCCACUACUAAAACAAAAUACUCGUACAAAUUUACUCGUUAGUAAAACAAUUAAAUUGAUAUUGGAUAGAAGCAGGCGUUACUUUGCGGAAGUUCAUCAUGAUUAUAUAAUGAUUUAUUUAUUUUGCUAUCAUCCGCAAAAAGUCGACCCAUGCGACAACGUCACCCAGGUCCGACAAAAUACUCUCUACGUACGUUUCACCCCGAACCGGAGCAUCCUCAGGAGAUGUUGACUCUACAACGUGCAUUGCAGGUUGCACGACUUUUCGCGGAUGAUAGCAAAAUAAAUAAAUCAUUAUAUAAUUAAAUUGAUUGUUAAUUAUUUUUUCCUAUAGUGCUAGUAUUUAAAUUAAAAUAGUAUUGGAGGUUAAUAUUUAUUUUUUUUGUUUAAAGUAUAAGGUUAAGUUAAUAAACAAAACUUGGAUAAU